GCGUGGAUCUACGUGCACUCAUGUGACCCCGGUGCCGGUUAAAAGCACCGGCGAGCAUCCGCAAGCACAGCGGGCGACCGGAGCCACAGCGCGGGUGUGAGAAUGUCUCUGUACCGGAACUCAGCAUGGUUCCUCAAAGGACUCAACGAAUUUACCAAGGGGGGAUUUCUGUCAGCAUCUAAAAACUUUGUUGAGAAGGACCUGGAGACGUCAGUGGUGGGCCGAUCCUUCCUGAUCACUGGAGCUAACAGCGGGAUCGGGAAAGCCACUGCCAUGGCCAUCGCCAAGAAAGGUGGUACCAUCCACAUGGUCUGCAGGAACAAGGACAAGGCAGAAGAAGCCAGAGCGGAGAUCGUCAAGGAGUCUGGAAACAAAGAGAUCUAUGUGCAUAUUUUGGAUCUGUCCGAAACCAAGAAGGUGUGGGAGUUUGCAGAGUCUUUUAAGAAAAAGUACAAAACCCUCAACGUCCUGAUCAAUAACGCCGGCUGUAUGGUGACUAAGAGGGAGGAGAAUGGUGAGGGUUUGGAGAAAAGCUUUGCAAGUAACUCUCUGGCCGUGUACAUCCUCAUCAAGAGCCUCAUUCCUCUGCUGGAGAAGAGCCCUGACCCCAGAGUGAUCACAAUAUCAUCUGGUGGGAUGCUGGUGCAGAAACUGCGAACGGGAAACCUGCAGUCUCAGAGGGGCAGAUAUGACGGCACUAUGGUGUACGCACAGAACAAGAGGCAGCAGGUGGUGAUGACGGAGCAGUUUGCUAAAGCUCACCCUAACAUCCACUUCUCUGUGAUGCACCCCGGAUGGGUCGACACGCCAACCAUUGCAAACGCGAUGCCUGAUUUCCACAGCUCUAUGAAGGAGCGUCUGCGGACACCGGAGCAAGGGGCUGAUACGGUAGUGUGGCUUGCUGUGUCCGAGGCGGCUGUCAAGAAUCCCAGUGGGCGUUUUUUUCAGGAUCGGCAGAUGGUGUCGGCUCAUCUUCCCUUGGCCUGGACGCACAGUUCACCGCUGGAAGAUCAGAAAUUCAUGAGCGUCAUGGAGGAUCUGGCCAAAAGCUUCCAGCCUCACUAAAGAAACUCACAUGAAAACACAAACAGAUGUCAAACACUAAUACAUAACAUAUUUUAACAGUUUAGACACAGUCUAACCCGUAUAAACCAUGUGAAUGUUCUUACAGUAUCUCACAAUAAACUUCUAACUGCAGGUUAAAUCUCCUCCAGAUCUCAGAAAGUUUGAAGGUGUGAACGACUGUUACGCUCAAUAAAUGCUUGAACAUG